AUGAAAGUUGGAGAAGAUACAAUAGGAAGCCGCUCAGGAAUCACAGAGUUCGCGAGCAAAGUUGCUGAAAAAUGUCACGGUCUACCAUUGGCGCUGAAUGUUCUUGGUGAAGAAGGUGUUUUGAUUUUGCCUACUCCGCCCAUACCAUACAUACGCUUAGUCCUGAAUCCAUCUCUUAUGGGUAAGCUACUGGAUUCCAAAGCUGGCAAAGACUCUACUCUGCACUUCGUUUGUUACUUACCUUCAUUCAGUUUCAGGAGGUAUUUAUUAGAGAGCUUCAAGAAGAAUCAUACUUUGCAAAGUAUGGUUGUUCAAUGUUUCGUCGAUCUAUUGAGUUGUGGUCCUUGUGGAAUGUGA